AUGACCAGUCUCUUCUCUUCAAUGCGUCUCUUGCGAUCGAGCGGAGUACCACCCUUGCGCGCUCGACUGUUCGAACAGAGCUCAGAGAGGACCACUGGAUGCUCCCGAGCAUCCUGUCACACAAAGUCCUUCUCGACCACAUCGAGCGCCAAAUACCAACGCUCCACGCCGCGCUCUACAGUCUCGCCUUCGACUCUUCCACCCUCGCGUGGCGUUCAAGGCAACUCUGCGCUCAAGCCUCCUCUGACAAAGCACACUACGCUCUACGACUCGGACCUGGACGCGACCAUCGUCAUUCAUCCGGACACGGUAUCCAUCGUGUCCCCAAGCAAUUGCAUACACCGCCCAUUCCACUUUGACCAUGUCUGGUUGAGGGACGCUUGCACUGAGCAAGGAGCGAGUCUGCAGCUGGGUAGCGGCCAGAAAGUAUUUCACACCAGCGAUGUACCCAUCCCGCAGUAUGGCUUCGGUCUGUUGGACGCGUGAGUGCGGAUCGUCGCACCAUAGCACUGCGACUACGCAGGCGCCUGACAUCUCUUCUCUUUAGGAAUGCCACACCGCGACUUGUGGAUGCGCCCAAUGGCCGAUCAUUGGAAUUGACCUUUGAGAUGUCGCACGGCGUGCUGAAUGCCUUUUCUGCGACCUUUGCCGCUCCCGCCGCUCCUCCCAUUCUACCCAACACUCCCCACAUUAGCCGGAUUCCUAUCGCGCUUCUGCUCGACCACGCCUCGCCUCAACGCUACGCCGCGAGCCACUUCGACAUUGGUGCCGUUGCGUCAUCCUGGGAAGGAGCGGAUCUGACAGCGUUCCCCAGCUCUUCUCCACCUCUUUCAUCCUCCGAGGUGAAGUCGAGCAGGUUUGACCAGCAAGCAGCGACAUCGCGACCAGCUCGUGUGGACUGGACCACUCUCAAUCCACACAAUGCGGUGAACGACUUCGCUGUGGACCAGGUGAAUGCGCACAGAGCUCUGGCAGAAGCUCUCAUGAGGGAUGGGUUGGCUUUCGUCACAGGCUUGCCUAUCGACACCACGGGAUCUCAGCCUAGAGCUGAUGGCGACUCUUGCUCACUUGCCCGCUUGGCCGAGACGGUAAGUUGCGGAAAAGUCGCGAUUCGAGUGCUGUGCGGCCUCCAUGCUCACCCACACUGUCACCACCUCCAGCUGGGCGAGAUCAGACACACCUUCUACGGUCCGCUGUGGGACGUGCGGUCGCUAGGGUCCGGGUCUCGCAACAUUGCCUAUACCAACGUCGAUUUGGGCUUCCACAUGGACCUUUGCUACUUUCAAAAUCCUCCUCGCUUUCAAUUCUUGCACAUGCUCAAGUGCAAGGUGAGAGGGGGAGAAAGCAUCUUUGUGGAUGCGUACAAGGUUGCCGAGUACAUGUGGCAGCAUCACCGCGAGCUUUGGCAAGUUCUCGCAGAGGUGAGUGAAUGAGGGGAGCGCAUGUAUGCGGCGCGUUGGGCAGGAGAAGGACGGCGCGAGGCUGAAUGCGCUUGCGUGGUGCGUGCGUGCAGGUACCUGUAGGAUUUCACUACAACAACGACGGCUAUCACUACCGUUACACGCACCCUACCUUUGAGGUGGCUGGUCCAACAUCUGGUCACUGGGGACCGGCAGAAAGCACAGAUGCCGAGCGCAUGCCGCGCCUAAUCGCGGUCAAUUAUUCUCCGCCUUUUCAAUCGCCUCUUCCGCUCACCACGCCACGGAUGCAAUCUCCAGCAGAGAGACGCAAAUUCUACGAGGCGCUCAAGACGUUUGCCGAUCUGACGCACGAUCCCAAGUUCAAGUAUGAGCGCAUGCUGGGAGAUGGAGAAUGCGUCAUCUUUGAUAACAGAAGGGUUCUACAUUCCAGGAAAGGAUUCGAGUGGGACGAAAAGGAGGAAGAGGAGGGCGGGCAAGUCAAGAGGUGGCUGAAGGGUGAGUUCGAUUGUCAGAAGAGCGCGCGAUGGCAAGCUCAUCGCUGACCUGAAUUUUCUGCGCCUUUCUUGAUCAGGCUGCUACGUGGAUGGCGACGCCAUCUGGAGCAAGUACCGGGUACUUGUGGCUCAAGCGGGAGCCUCUGCGAGAAGUGCUGCAUCGACGCAAUAG